AACUCGCCUUUUUCCGGUUUGCCCGCCCGGGUCUGUCCCACUGGAAGUGUUACACUGUUAGCAACUAGCAGCUAAUAUGUGACGCCGGAGAAGCAGCCCGACAGCGAGGAGUUUUAGCUGAAAGUGGCCUCUGGCAGCAUGAGGUAACAUGGACGGUGAAAGCACGGACCCGUGUGCGGCUGAGGAGGAUGGAUGUUCCGACGCGGAGGUUCUGUGUCUGAUGAGAGUCGGAGGAAAUUCUGGAUGGCUCCGUUUGUUCGAGAACACAGAGAUCACCGUUGGACGUGGUUUGGACGUGAMCUACCAGCUGCUGUCUUCAAGCUGUCCUCUCAUGAUAUCCAGAUUACACUGUGCCUUCAAACAAAAGGAGGACGGCCAGUGGACAGUGACGGACAAGAAGAGUCUCAAUGGUGUGUGGGUGAAUGGAAAUCGAUUACCUGCUGAUGAACCCCAUCUGCUCCRGCUUGGAGAUUCUGUACAACUUGGAGUUCCUUUAUCAGGAACCAACGUGGAGUUUGACUACAUCCUCAUCCAGCGGCCGCUCCAUGUCAUUAAACCCUACCUGGCCAAAGGACACAGAGUUAAGGCGCCCCAGAUUCCCAAAAAGCUCAAGAGGAAGUUGAUGGCGGAGGACGUCGAGCCGUCUACCUCAAAGCCCAAACUGUACCGCUGCUCUUCGGUGGAGGAAUCCUUCGCGAAGCCCUGCCCUCUGUCUCCGGCCAAACCCCCGCAGAGGCUUGGUAACUCUCAGCUGGAGGAGGCCCCGCCCAGCGGACGGGUCCAAAAAGAAGAUGGUCCCAGCUCUCCGUGUGACCUGGACCACCUGCAGACGUACAGCCAGAAUAUCCUGCUGUUAAGGGAGCAGGUGGACGACACCCAGAGGCAGGUAGCGUCUCUUGAAGGAGAACCCAGACAGGCGGACCCUCUGCGGGGGGAGCAGGUCCGAGAGCUGCGGGGUCAGCUGGAGACGCUCCGAGCCAAAAUGCACCAGAUGGAGACGUUGGAGAGAUCCUUCAGUGAAACUAAGAGGCAGCUGGAGGAGCAAAAAACGCAACAAGAAGAAGAGCUUAUGAAAAGGCAGCUCAAAGAAGCCUUACAAGAGCAGAAGAAAGUGAUUGACGAGCUUGCGGUCUCUCGACAAGGCUUUGAAGAAAUUCUCUCGGCCAAAAACAAAGAACUGGAAGUAACAAAGGAGGAGAAAGAAAAGGCAAAGGCCCAAAAAGACGAGGUUGUUACACAAGUCACAGAAGUCCUGGAGAACGAGCUUCAGUGCAUCAUCUGCUCAGAGCUCUUCAUCGAGGCAGUCAACCUGAACUGCUCCCACAGCUUCUGCUGCUACUGCAUCAACCAGUGGCGCAAGAAGAAAGACGAGUGUCCCAUCUGCCGGCAGGCCAUCCAGUCCCAGACCCGGUGUCUYGCUCUGGACAACUGCAUCGACCGCAUGGUGGAGAACCUGAGCCUGGACAUGAAGACCAGGCGGCAGGAACUCAUCACUGAGAGGAAAGAUGAGAGACACGUCCUCCUAUCAGCAGCUGAAGCUGCAGAUGUGAUGGUGAUCCACGAUGACGACAGCGGGAGCAGCAGUGACAGUCACAGCAGCAGCAGCAGCAGCAGCUGGGGCAACAUGGUGUCCAUAGACAGCAGCCUCAGCUCCGUGGUCUCUGUGGACACAGACAGCAGCAUCUUUUUGGACUCUGAUGAAUUUUCGUGGGAUUGAAGACUAAGCCCUUCGUUUUGACUUUGUCCAGUUUUGACAGUUCCUGAAAUUUUUCCUGGGAAUAUUGAGGAURAAGUCACUUACAAGUUUUCCCAGAUGUUUUAUUUUUUUUCUGCAAUAAAUAGUUGUGUUCUUGUCUUUAUUUUCAGCAAAAUGUAUUAAAGUUUCUGUGUGUUUUCACAAUCGUUCUUCCUGGAUGUUCUAUUCUGCAAUAGAUUUCUUUGAAAACUUA